AUGUCGCGCGUGGCCCACUUUCCCGUGCCUGCGGGCAUCCCAGUCUAUGCGCUCGACUUUCUAGAGGAGGACUUGGUCGUGUAUGGAGGAGGCGGAGGCGUGGGCAGGACAGGCGUAACCAAUGCUCUCAAGGUGUUGAGGAUCUUGAAAGAUGACAGAAAGACGGAGGCGCUUCACGAGACGAAGCUGAGCAAAGACGAAGAUGCGCCGGGCUGCUUGGCUGUAGAGAGACAAGUGAGUGUUGGAGACCAGUUAGCUCCACGUUGCAGCUUGAGACCGACGAGCUCCUCCCUCUGCUCGAAAGUCACAUCAAAUUCUGGCCGGCAUCAACUCUCCAGCUGAGCUUGUCAAGGCCGGACGCAACGAACCAGUCCGGAUCUUUGACUUCAGCGUCACCGGGUCCACAGCUUUAGAGAAGGGCAAAGUGCAAGCGCAGAUCACCCUCUCCAAGGCCAAGGCCAUCAAAGGUCUUGACAUCCGGGACCCAGAGUCGUACAUCGUGAGCGGCAACAUGGCAACUUGAGGCCUUGGUAGCGCUCUGUCUGACCCCGCGAUCUCGGAACAGCGCGCGAUCGCGCUCAGUCCCACAGGUACACACCUCUCUGUCGGAACGUCGGAUGGACAACACGUGCUGCUUCGAUACCCCUCUCUGGAGUCAGCAUGGAGCGAUACCAGCGCAAAGCCCGAAUCAGCGCAGGAGAUCUUCGACACCGACUUCAGCGAAGAUUCUGCACAGGUGCUAGUCUGCGCUCAGAGGAGCAUCAAGGUUUGGGCGACGGAAGCGGGCAAGGAGGGCGAUGAGAAAGGUGUGGGCGGCGGAAAGACCUCGUCAGGCGCGCAUGCAGGUCAGCUCGUGCAGACAAUCCAGAAUCCGGGCCUGGGCGGCACCUCUGCUGCGCUCGCUGCCGGCAACACCAGCCCACAGAGCGCUGUGUGCACUUUCCGCGCAGCAAAGUUUGGAAGAGGUGACCCUGUGAACGGUGGCACGCGGCAUCGGCUGUUCACUGUGGUUAAUUCAGGGUCUGGUGGGUCGGGGUCCAAGGGCAAGGGCAAAGCUGAUCGAAGGAGGUGAGUAGGCGGUGGGAAGCGAGAGCCAGAGUAGAGGCAGCGUGCUGCUCCUUGGGUCUACUCCAGCAAGACACAUGGCUUUGCUCAUGGCCCUUGUCCCUGCGUACCAGCUUCGUGACAUCGUGGGACGCUGAUUCGUGGGACUUGGUGGAGACGCGCAAGAUCUCCGACAAGCCAGUGACGGUGUUUGAUGUCUCGUAAGUGCGAGCAGGACAUUCGCUGCGGAGCACGCAGAGCCUGACCCCGUCUUUCUCGCCACCAGUUCCGAUGGUACUAAGCUGGCGUACGGAUCAUCGGACCUGUCAGUCGGCGUACUGGAUGCACGGACACUUCGCGUGAGUCGUGAUAGGCGGCCAACAAUGGAUCAUCGCUGUUCAUCCUAGUCGAAUCACAUUGCGUCAUUUCCGAAUGCCUUUCGCAGCCGCUUGUACGCAUCUUGGAUGCUCAUGGCUUCCCCUCAACAGCUCUCAAAUUCAGUCCGAGCGGCAAGACGCUGAUCAGUACAAGUGCAGAUAAUACCCUUCGAGUCAUCGAUGUGCCCAUAGAUCUCAAGCCGGACAAUGGGAUUGGUGAGUGGCUUGGUCAAUGAGCAAGCGCUCAGGUCAAAGUGUUCUUUUUGUAUGCUGAUGAAAGUCGCGCGUGCUCGGAUCGUGCCCAGGGGAGCUCUUCGGCUCGAUCAUUGUUGCCAUCCUCUUGGUUCUCGUUGCGAUUUGGAUGCACAACCGGAUCGAUCUGCUCUGA